GGACGGACCGAUGGGCUGACAAAUUUUGUCCCGGGCCCCCAAGGUGAUCUCCGCUUUUCCUCAGAGUCGGGUCGCCCAGGGCCUAAUGUAGCAGCGAAAUAAAUUCCAAAGCUGACAGCUCCUACCUUAAGCCGUUUCCACUAACGCAGCUACGUGUUCGUAGCAUCUCUUUUCGGGUUCUGUGAUGAGGAUAGCCUGCCUAGCUGCGAAAGAACGGCGAAUUGGGAGUCAGCCUGUCUUCUCGGCCUGUCAUUAACUGGUGGUAUGAUCUUAGGGAAAUCUUUUUGACCUCUCUGGACUCUUCAUUUUCCUUUUCUAUGAAGUGAGGAGCUUGGAAUAAGUAGCAAGGGAAACAUGAACCGGAAGAUACUGAAAUUGGAGAACUUGCUACAAUUUCACACUGUCUUUAGGCAGCUGCACAGCCUGGGUCAGAGAAGGUUAGCACAGUGGAAUCAUGUGUUUUCAUCUGCUUACCCGGUGUGGACAGCUCAGGUCUGCAUUCGGCCCUGGCAAACAGACCUGCUCAUUGGGGCGGCUUUAUCUCAAUAUAGGCGUCUAGUAACAAAGAAGGAAGAAAGAUCAUGGAAAUCUCAGUUAUUUUCUACAAAAUCCAAAAAGGAGGUGGAGGUAUGGAUUGGAAUGACUGUUGAGGAACUGGCCAGAGCAAUGGAAAAAGACAUAGAUUGUGUAUAUGAAGCUUUAAUGAACACUGCUAUUGACUUAGAUUCACUAGAAGCACACUCACAUUUAGAUGAAGUCUGGAUCAAAGAAGUAAUUAAGAAGGCGGGGAUGAAGUUAAAAUGGAGCAAAUUAAAACAGGACAAAGUCAGAGAAAAUAAAGAUGCUGUAAGAAGGCCUCAGGCAGAUCCAGCUUUAUUAACCCCAAGGUCCCCAGUUGUUACUAUAAUGGGCCAUGUUGAUCAUGGGAAAACGACGUUACUUGACAAACUGCGAAAAACUCAAGUGGCAGCAAUGGAAGCUGGAGGCAUCACUCAGCACAUUGGUGCCUUUCUUGUCUCUCUGCCUUCUGGGGAAAAGAUUACCUUUCUGGAUACUCCAGGACAUGCUGCUUUCUCAGCAAUGAGAGCUAGAGGUGCUCAGGUCACUGACAUUGUCAUACUGGUUGUAGCUGCAGAUGACGGAGUGAUGAAACAAACUGUAGAAUCUAUUCAGCAUGCCAAAGAUGCUCAAGUUCCUAUCGUCCUUGCCAUAAACAAAUGUGACAAAGCUGGGGCUGAUCCUGAAAAAGUGAAAAAAGAACUGCUAGCUUAUGAUGUGGUCUGUGAAGAUUAUGGCGGCGAUGUCCAAGCAGUGCACAUCUCUGCACUCACGGUAAAUGGUGAUAAUCUGAUGGCUUUGGCAGAGGCAACGGUUGCUUUGGCAGAAAUGUUAGAAUUGAAAGCAGACUCCACUGGGCCAGUAGAAGGAACAGUAAUAGAAUCUUUCACAGACAAAGGAAGAGGUCCUGUUACUACAGCUAUAAUUCAAAGAGGAACUUUGAGGAAAGGCUCUAUUCUGGUUGCUGGAAAGAGUUGGGCAAAAGUACGCUUAAUGUUUGAUGAGAAUGGAAAAACAAUCCAUGAAGCCUGCCCCAGCAUGCCAGUGGGAAUUGUAGGCUGGAGAGACCUCCCUUCUGCAGGAGAUGAAAUUCUUGAAGUAGAAUCUGAGCCAAGGGCACGUGCAGUUGUUGACUGGAGAAAGUAUGAGCUGGAACAGGAGAAAAAUAAAGAGGAUCUGAAAAUAAUAGAAGAAAAGCGAAAGGAGCACCAAGAAGCACAUCAGAAAGCCCGUGAGAAGUAUGGCAACAUAGACUGGAAGGAGAGAUCCUUUCUAAAGUACCAAGAAAGAAAAGAACUAAAACCCUUGAAGGCAAAAGAGAAAGAAGAAAGGGAUUCACACGUUCUUCCUAUAAUUAUUAAAGGUGAUGUUGAUGGUUCCGUUGAGGCCAUUGUGAACAUCAUGGAUACUUACGAUGCUUCACAUGAGUGUGAACUUGAAUUAGUACAUUUUGGUGUGGGUGAUGUCAGUGAAAAUGAUGUUAACCUUGCUGAAACAUUUCGUGGUGUUAUAUAUGGCUUCAAUGUGAAUGUAGGCAAUGUUAUCCAGAAGUCUGCUGCAAAAAAAGGAGUAAAAAUUAAACUUCACAAAAUCAUUUACCACCUGAUUGAAGAUUUGCAGGAGGAAUUGAGCAGCAGAUUGCCGUGCACUGUGGAAGAGCAUCCAAUAGGUGAAGCUUCUAUACUAGCUACCUUUUCUGUAACAGAAGGGAAGAAAAAAGUUCCUGUGGCUGGCUGCAGAGUCCAAAAGGGACAGUUAGAAAAACAAAAGAAAUUUAAAUUAAUCCGUAAUGGAGAGGUUAUUUGGAAGGGUUCAUUAAGCUCACUGAAACACCAUAAAGAUGACGUUUCAAUCAUCAAAACUGGAAUGGAUUGUGGUCUCAGUUUGAGUGAAGAAAAGAUAGAAUUUAAAGUGGGAGAUGAAAUUAUUUGUUAUGAAGAAAAACAAGUUCCAGCCAAGACUUCCUGGGAUCCAGGAUUUUAAAAUUUUAUUAAAAAAUGUAAACAAUGGGGUGCCUGGUAGAGCAUGUAACUCUUAAUCCCAGGGUUCAAACCGUAUGCUAGGCGGAUUAUUACUUAAAUAAAUUAAAAACUAUAAACAAA